AUGAAUAUAUGUUUUGUAUUUCCAAAAACCUUUGAGGUUUUUAAAUUUUUUGAAUUUUUAAAUAACGACAAAAAUAUUGUUUAUAAAGAUGUCCUACAAAUAGACUCAUCAAUAGAAUUAAAUAGUUUAUUAAUCAUAAAAAAAAAAACACUAGACCCAUCAAAUUCACAAACUGACAAAGGUAAUAAUAAUGAAAAAGCUUUAUUUGAAACAUCAGGCAUAUCAAAUUCAGAAAUUAGCCAAGGUAAUAAUAAUGAAAAAACAUUUUUGAAAACACCGGACAUAUCAAAUUCAGAAACUCACAAAGUUAAUAAUAGUGAAAUGUAUUAUCCUUUCCCUGUUUAUGAUAUAAAAUAUCAUAACUAUUAUCAUUUUACUUUUCUUGUUAUAGAUGAAAGUGAUAUCAAUUUUAGAAAAAUACUUCAAGCAAAAUGGGAAAAAGUUUCAGAAACUAAUAAUAAUCAUCAUGUUUUGGCCAGACCAACAUUAUUAUUAAUGGGGUCAUGUGGUUCACCAAAUAAAGUUGAUUUUCAAAAAUUUUUUAUUAUUGAAAAUGCUCAUAAAUAUGACAGGGGCGAAUUAAGGGAGGAUAGAGUUUUUGUUUCCAGGUCAACAAAAGUUCUGAAGAAUGCACAUUCAUUAGAAAUCUUCACCUUAAAUAGAUUAAAAAAUUCUGUUGGAGCAAAAAAAGAUAUUCUCACAACCAAUUUUAUCAAUCAAGCUAAAAUUGAUGACGAAGAAAACUAUAAGGAUUGUUUAUUGGAUAUGGAGACUUGGGAUUUUUAUGAUAUUUGUGAAUAUUUAAAAAAAAAGGGGUUAAUUGGUGGUUAUGGCUCAAUUAGAUUCGUUACCGACCUGGCAUUCAACCCAUCAGAGGAAGUAUUAAAUAAAAAGAAAGUUAUUGAAACCCUUUCUCAAUUUGGCAACGAUAUUCCAAUUUUUGAAUUUUACCAAAAGUUAUAUGACCAAAUAGAUCACAGUGGAAUAUUGAAAUCUAUGGGAGGUAAUAACUUUCGAGAUUCUUCAACUCAAAAAAAACUCAUUAGACGUAACUCACAAUACAAUUUUAGUUUCAUCUUCGAUUUUUUAUUACCAUGUUAUCAACAUGGAUGUCAUCAUCGAACGGAUACAAAAGAUAGCUUUAAAAGUUACUAUGAACACUAUAAAACUAUUGCAGAAAACAAGGAUAAGGUCCCCAAGAUUUGUUAUAGAAGUAAUGUUACAGUGAUUUUUAUAUAUAUUUAA